AACUAUACGUCCCUCUUUAUCAAGGGAAGUGGUGCGGAAAGGACUGAAGUAUACACCUGAAACACUCGCUCGGCGGAGCUUUAGCUACCUGCGGUUCACUUCCCACCCACCACCAGCUCAAACCACCAGCUGACCGAGUACUCAACAGGUAGAAGUAUCACGCACCGCUCUCCUAUUCGGAACAGCAUCGGACUUAAGUCAUCCGUUAAGUGGACUAACAAACUGUAUAUUGAUAUAAUAUCAACAUCAACAUGAUGAACACAUAAGUGAACGUGGACCAAAUACUGGCGAUGCUGAGAGAGCAGUAACAACGGAGACAGUUUUCGCUGACCCUAGUGGUCAACACUCCUGACGUUGGUUGGAUGGAUACACCCGGACAAUAGUGACCCGCUUUACGACCAUGCCCAGCUUCACAAUGUUAUCAGAGACGGAAAGUUCCAGUUCCGGAUCCGGCAGAAUGGAACGAAUAAAACCGGAAAAGAUACCACGACAAAGAGUGCAGAAAAUAUGGCGGAACGUCCGGUGGGCGACAGGGUUUCCAGACGAGACUGUUCACGUGGAGGCGAACGACAUCACUCCGCAUGUUGCCCUUCGUAAAGUCGCACUGUUAUUUGAGACAAAGAAAUACGAUGAAUGUGCUACCAUUAUAAGGAAAAUGAAUUACGUGACGUUGGGAAGUAUUCUGGCGGAGGUUCCGUUGGAGGUUCUUUACGACUCAAUGCCGUAUAGUCUAGCCAUUCUAGAGGCAUUGUACGUUAAACUAUAUGAGAGUAACAAUGAGAGCUUCCCAAAAGAUCAACUUUGUUUGGAUCAGUUGUUAAAAAGAAUGGUUGUGUGUUUUGCAAAACUAUCUCACAAUUCAACAAAAACGGAGAAGUAUGAUAUAAAAUAUUACCCAUCGUGUAGAAACAUUCUUCGAGUUGUUUUGUCCGUGGAACCGCAAGUCAAACGUCAAACGAGACAGAAAAGACGUGCGUUGGACAGGUGUCUUAAACACCUUGGCCGGCAUGGAUUGGUAGACUGCUCAAAUGGACAUCUCAUGCAGCUUCAUGACGCAAUGAAACUCCAACUGGAACAGAUAGUUUCGAACUACCGAAGUGCGUUACUGACACUUGACGAGCUUAGUCUGGUAACCACAAAACAUCCUGCCUCAAGCUCUGUUUCAUUCGGCAAGGCGCCAAGUGCUGCGAGUCAUCAGAGACUAAUGCAGAUGACUCGCACGGAUGUUCAAAGUCGAAUCAUUAAAAACAAAACGCUUUACAACAUUGUGGAGCCAACCCUUACCAACCAAUGUCUGAAAAAACUCAUGACAAUUCUAGAAAAAAGAAUUGAGUAUGAUAAGCUGGCUCUAUUUCACGACACUGAGCUGCGAAAAUUGUGUGAAGGGCUAUCUGAAGAAACGUCGAUGUGUAUGACCUUGAGGCUCUUUGCUGAAGGUUACGGCGUCGUGUGUCAGCUUUUGAAGGAAGUGUCAGAUGACGAGGAAGGUGUAUCGGAGGACGAUGGCGGUCAAUCGACGGACGAUGAGUUACUUUCACCAAUAACACACAUGGACCGGAUUAAAACUUUACCAGGACAGAUGAACGGUUUUCACAAUUACCGAGGAAGUGGAGGCAGCACCAGUCGUCUUCGAAAUGGGACGGGGAGGAAAAAUACAGGACUGAGGCCCUCUAUAAUAUCUGGUCCAUUUCCGGUGAAGCCGGAUCAAAAUGGCAUCCGGAAUGGACACGCCAACCUUGUUCCACACUCUCUACAGUAUACCGUCAUACCCGUGCUCAAUGGAGAGACCAAUCAUACUGCUUCAAAUUCUGACCACGUGGUUACAAACGGUAGACACGAAUCCGACCAGCAAAAACUAGAAAUUGAGAGGCUAGAACGGGAGGUUGAUCAUCUCCGAACGGAGUUACAAAACAGCAACGAAAUUAUUGAACGAUUACAGGAGAGAGAGGUGGAACUGAACACCAGGCUUGCCAAUGUUGCGCCGCCGUCCAUUGAAGAAACAGGAAACGGCUUUGCGCUGUCGCAGGAGUGGGUUGGACACUAUGCAGCGCUUUACUCCCACGGACGGCUCGAUGCAAUGGCGACAUUGGAUCGUCUGAAACCACUGGACAAUCUAAUGGCAUUGAAAGAUAAAAUCAUAUUCUCUGUUAUGGUGCUGGCGUUUCGGGCGACGCAACAAUCUGUUCAUGAAAUCCGCGGAAAACUACGCCAUCUGUUAAAUCUUCCCCAUCCGGAUAUCCGGUCCAAAGCACAGAUACCAGUUCAGCAGCAAAUGGACUGUCAAAUUGGACAAUAUCUCACCGCAACGGCUGAUAACUUUGACCUUUCUGACGUCAUUCAGGAGGUUUGUUCUCAAAUCUACGCGACGCUCUUUGAUUAUCCGUGCCUUAAGGAGUGUGACGGCCUCAGGGAUUACGUCACUUCCUGUGUCCGUGUUGCCUGGGGACUUACAGUUCAAAACCCUCCUUAUUUCCUAUCAUAUGACUCAAGAAGAUUCAACCCUAACCUCCACACGCGUGAAGAAACAUGUGGUAAUCAAAAUCAGGACAUUUUCUCAUUCACGUGGCCAGCGCUUACGGAGGGAUACGGUGGCCCCGUCGUGCACAAAGGAAUUGUGAUCACGUGAUACAGUGCCAGAGAGUUUUAAAACUUUUACUGAUUCGCGUCCUUGAAUAUAGCCAGGGGUUUGUACCGGAAGUACUAAUUGCAAUGCAAUCGAGUUUGUUAUUUCAAUGUGUAUCAUUGUUAGUAAACGUCAUUGCUACGAUUACAUCAUCAAAUAUGGACUUCUGUUAAUGUCGAUGCGUUGUUAUAUAUACACUUGAACCUACCAGAGUGAUAUUGACCGAGGGUACAGUCCGAUGUCGAUAUUUUCUCUCUCAGGUCCAUGUAACAACGUAUUAACAGCGAGAAAAAUCCCUAAUUUUAAGAUAUAACAUGUCAUGUCUUCAGAUAACGUGAUAUCCGGUCUAAAGUUAGAAACAUGAGAUCGAUAUGGUCACGUGCAAAACGAAAUUAGAAACAUGGGGUCGAUAUGCUAAAAUAUAUUGGCGAACCUGGGAUCAAGUAUUAGCUAAUUAGAAUGAAAGAAAAACAGACCAUAUGAGCUAUUGAUCCGUAACUGAAGAUAGCUAAUCGAACUUAUCGAAACAUCUUGAUUUUUAAGUUAUUUUUCAAUAUAUGUGUAUCGACAAUUAUCGAGUUUUUUUUUUAUUCUUGUUUAACUCAUUGCAAUUGUGGAAUCAUCAUUUAGUGCGGGACAGUCUCGCUGUAGCGAGAUUUACCUUUGUUGGGCUGUACAUGUAUGUAUUUAAAUUUGCAACGUACAUUACUUCGUGCAAGUGUUUGCUCAUAUAUAAUUUUCACGUGAAAUAAAAAUUCCCAUACAUAAACAAUAUCACCCACCUUUUAUGACGUCACAUAUACAUUUUGUAGUUUAACUAGCAGACGUGCUCAUCCUGCGGUAUUUUACGUACAUUCAUUGCUGUUUUCGCCGGACCAAUAAACCUGUACUAUCUACAAUGUCGGACAUAUGUGCGGUAUUGAUUUUAUUUAAAUUAUGCAUUCAAUGAUUUUUCAUAUUCGUAUUACACCUUUUUCAAACUCGUCACAUUAUCCAGUAUUAAAGCUCAAAUUGCCUCCCGACAGCCUGAACGAAACAAAAAUGGCGGGGGAAACGCAUUAUCCAACAUACAUGUACUAUCAGUGCAAUUCUGGACUUUGUGCUGCAUGGCCUUAAAACUGUCUAUAACAGUAUUGUAAGAUUGACCAGGUAUGUAAUAAAACAUGCUUAAUUCUACGAGUUUAUAGGCAAUAUGGAUACCAGCUUGAAGGUUGAAGGUCAAAAUUAUACCCGUUGUACGCAACCUGCGACUUCUGGUUAGCAACAGAACUCUGGAAUGAAAUGUGUAUGUUCAUGUGCAUCAUGUAGCCGGACUAAAUUUAAUCUUAUUGAAAUAAUAAAAUGAACACAUCUGGUUAUGAAUCGAUCACAUUACUUAGGAUGUGUAAGUUGUUCUCAUAUGUCAGAAAAUAUAAUUCAACAAAAGAACUUAAACGUACAUCUUGUAUAUCUUGCUGUAGAUUUGAACAAGGUUCGUCAUCAAAGUCGUCUUUAUCAUUCAUAGUGCUUAUGCUUUUGUAUGCAUUUCUAUAACAUUUUAUCAUGCCGUGCGCAAAUAAUUCAAAUUAAAGACAGUUUGGAUUAUUACUGAUGACAGGGUGAGCUAUAAAUAAAAUAUUUAUUU